AGACUGCUACUUCAAACAUCUCACCUGAACAUCCACAAACUCUCGCUGGAUAUUUCCCACAGGAUUAUUCUGCCUCUCGAUGAGCUCUGACCGUCGCUGAUGGACACAGCCACUCCUCCGAACUUCCCCGAUGAUCCGCGACAGCUUCAUCAAAGGCCUCCUGGGCUCCAGGAAACUCCACGAGAGCCCGCGAUCCUUCCCAGCAUUCCUGCAUACGACUCCAUCAGCAUCCUCACCGCCGGCCCAACAAACGACACGGACAGCAUCCAGACGGGACACCCGGUGACGGACGGAGACAGCAUCCAAACGGGACACCCCGCGUACGACACCGACAGCAACCAAACGGCCCAUCUGGCGUACGAGACGGACAGCAACCGGACCCUGAACCCAGCGUUCGACACGGACAGCACACACACACUCCACCCCGUGUACACACUGGACAGGGGGACCAUGGAGGGAGUCCCGGGGCCUCCUAGAGGAGACGGUCCAACCAGCAGCAUCCCGCUGACCCCGCCUCCAUACACCCCGCCGGAUCCGAAAACAGCCUACCUCGUGUUCCCCUCGCAGAUGAGUCAUUACCCCAACCAGCCCGUCAUCACAUGUCAACCGGGAGCCAAUCCACCGGCUUUCUACCAGCCCCCCUUCCUCCCGCCCGCCACAUACCCGUCCUACACUAUAUACAUGAACGGGCCGGCGCUGGGAGAGGAGCAGACACCCGUACCCAAAGAUUACCUGGUGGAGUCUCUGCUGGUGACCAUCUUCUGCUGCAUCAUGAGCGGCCUCGUCGCGGUCAUGUACUCGUAUGAGACGCGUGCCGCGCUGACCAGGGGUGAUAUCCGCGAAGCUGAGAAAACGUCCCAGAAGGCUCGUCUGCUCGUCAUGUUCAGUUUGAUGUUCGGCAUAUUUGUUUUUGUGGGCUGGAUUAUUUAUGUGGUGAUCGUUCUCUGUGCAUAGAAACUUCUGACAGAUUAAACAUGCAUUACAUAAUCUACCGUUCAAAAGUUUGGAGUCGGUAAGAAUUGGUUUAGUUUUUGAAAGACCAGGGCUGUGUUUAUUUGAUCAAAAAUACAGUAUAAACUGUGAAAUAUUAUUACAAUUCAAAAUAAGUGUUUUCUAU